CUGGAUGAUCAGGCUGACAUUCUGAUAUUACUCUUAUAGACUCGGACCCUGUUCUUUUCGACGAAAAUUCAAUCUCUUCCUGCCGAAGUCAUCCUUUUCUCUAGCAAUGUGGAUAUGUAGUUGUUCGAGAUGGCAGCUAAUUUCAAGAUCAUGCACUAGCACGGUUAGAAUCUGAUGACCUGGCUUUAGUGAGAUGACGGUGAAUCCAUGUGAUGCAUAUCUUCGGUAUGUUUGAAGACGAACGCAAUUGCCACGUGAUCGUAUCUCUGAAGAGCCCUGUGAGGUACAAGCUCGACAGAUGUUGCUCUCCAGAAAUAGAGAGUCCGUCAAAUGUGGAAAGCGUUCACCUUGACAUGCUUGCAAACAGACGUAGAGAAGUGUCUCGAGGUAAAUUCCUCGAGAGUUUGACUUGCAGCAUGGCUUGGAGAAUCGGAACAGCCCAAGCAGUACUUGGAGGCUUAGCGAUCCUCGGAGCUCCAGACGGCAGUGCGUUGUUCGAAAUCUCUGGCUCAAGCUCCCACGACAUCUCAAACUCCGCAACCCAUACCUUGCUGUCCUCCCUAAACAACCCAGCGAAUAAAUGGAAGCUAGAGAGGUGGGCAACAUACCAGAGGGAAUACGGACGGAGCACUAUAGUUCCGUCCAUCGGGCCUUCGAGUCAAGCCAUGCCACCUGGGCAGCAAUUCGAGACUGGCUUCCAAUGCAUCUCCAUCAUCGCCACCCACUACAUCAUCAUCAACUCCAUUGAUACGAAAGACGCGACUGAGGAGUCGAAAGUGUCCUCGCGUACAUAGAACACACCCAUGGACAAACCAACGUCGUGGAGUGGCCGUCCAGCGGCGCUGGAGUUGGCUACGAGACCUCCACUCCGCCCGCCUACGAUUCCCAGCACCCGAACGCCAACGUUUCACCUGCGAGACCUAUGAGCGUCAUACA